AUGGGCUCCAUCGACACAGACGAGACCUUCUGGGCCAAACACAACAAAUAUGUAAUGUCCACCGGCGUUCCCCCUUCCCCCAUCAUCAUCACCAGAGCCCAGGGCACGCGCCUCUACGACGCCCAAGGCCGCUCGAUCCUCGACUUCACCUCGGGCCAGAUGAGCUCCCUGCUCGGCCACAGCCACCCGGAGAUCGUAGCCGCGGUGCGCCACCACGCAGGCGAGCUGGACCACCUCCUGAGCAACAUGGUCACGCGGCCCGUCGUCGACCUCGCAGAGCGCCUGGCGUCUGUGCUGCCACCCCCGCUGGUGAAGUCCUUUUUUCUCAACACGGGCAGCGAGACCACCGAGGCGGCCCUGCGCAUCGCGAAGCUGUACACAGGCCGCUUCGAGGUCGUCGCCUUGUCUGCUAGCUACCACGGCCUGACCUCGGGGGCGGGCGCAGCCACCUACGCCGCGGGACGCCGGAAUGCAGGCCCCACCGUACCGGGCCAGAUUGCCUUUCCCGCACCGUACGCAUACCGCUCGGUGUUUCGCAGGCUAGAAAGUGGUGGUGGCGGCUGCAGUGAAAAGGAAGCACGGGAGGAGGAGAAGUGGACGUAUGACUGGGAGGCCGAGCUGGAGUACGGUUGGGCCAUGGUCGAUCGCCAGAGCGUUGGGUCGCUGGCUGCGCUCAUCAUGGAACCCAUCCUGUCGACGGGCGGGGUGCUAGACCUGCCCAGGGGCUACUUGGCACGCAUGGCGGCAGAGUGUAGACGGCGCGGGAUGCUGUUGAUCCUGGACGAGGCGCAGACGGGCGUGGGUAGGACGGGCAAGAUGUUUGCGUUCCAGCACGAGGAGGGAGAGGAAGAAGGCGGAGACGGUAACAAGAACGGCGUGGUGCCUGACAUCCUGUGCCUUUCCAAGACGCUUGGGUGUGGGCUCCCCCUGGCCUCGGUGAGCACCACAGCCGAGAUCGAGAGGGGCGCCAGGGAGGCCGGGUUUCUGUGGCUGACAACCCACCUGAACGACCCUUUGACGGCUGCCGUGGGCUGCAAGGUGUUGGAGAUUGUGGAGAGGGACGAUAUCUGCGGGCGGGCGAGGAACAGAGGUGAGCAGCUCCGGUCGGGUCUGCUGGCAUUGAAAGACAAGUACUGGUGUGUGGGCGACGUGAGGGGCAAGGGACUCUUGCAGGGCAUCGAGAUCAUCUCGGACCGCAAGACGAGAGCGCCUGGGCCGGAGCUGGGCCAGGCGGUGAGUGAUCGGGCCAUGGCCUGUGGUCUGUCUUGUAAUGUGGUGAAUUUGCCUGGUAUGGGUGGUGUGUUUAGGCUGGCGCCGCCUGUGACGGUCUCUGCCGAAGAGAUUGAGGAGGGGUUGCGCAUUUUGGAUGAGGCGUUUGGGUAUGUACUGAAGGAGAGAGGUUUACUGUGAUGAAAUCCUGAGGUAUACAGUAUAUAAUCCCAAA